AUGGAUCGUAGGGUCUCUCCAUGGGAUAAGAGGAAGCGCGGAGGAGGCAAAGCCUUGGAGAAAAUGACGGGGGAGCGAACCUUGCCAGAGGUCCUCAAAGCACGCAUAAAGGUCGUUCAUCCCAAGUGUGGAGACUUUAUGUUUGGGGACAGGGGUGCUAAAGACUUUGAGGGGCUCGGCCUUGACUUAGAGGCGACCAUGGGUCUGGCUCACGAGAACAUCUUCCUCGAUAUGAGCCACAAGCAGGCGCGACAGCGUCUCUUGGAUGAAACCAAGGACGACUGGAGCUCUCAGAUGAGUUCCUCCAGUAUUUGGACGUGGCCAGCAAGCGUCGACGUCGAGGAGUGGGAGAGUAUUACCAAAGAGGAAGCCUCCAUUAACAUGACCGCGAAAGAGUCCCGCAAUCAACUGUUGAAGGUGAUAGAGAAGGAUUGGCACUCAACACGGGUUGACAAGCUGAUCGAGCAGAUUCUCUCCCUGCACGAGUCUAAGAGCGAGAGGAAAAUCAUCAUCACUGAUGAAUUUCUCCAGACUCUGAACGUUGUGUCCAACGCCUUAAAAGCAACGGGCAUCGAAUUCCUCGAACACAACGGCCACAUGAACUUGAAGGAGAGGGACGCUGUGCGCGAGCGAUUCAACGACCCCAAAGACAAAGUCGGGGUCAUGCUGGCGACCAUUCAGUGCUUUGGUUUGGGCUUGGCCCUGGUAGAGGCUGCAAAUAUGUUCAUCCUGACCCCAAGGUGGAACCCUGCCAUUGAUGCCCAGGCCGCCUCGAGGAUCAACCGGAUCGGUCAGAACCGUCGGGUGACUAUCUGGACGUUUUAUGCACACAACUCAAUCGAGCGCUACGUCGAGAGAGAACGGGAGAGGAAGAAGAAGAAGGCUGUUUUGACAUUGGAUCAGAAGGGGGUGAGUGAGUGGUUGAGGAGAAAGAUGGAGAGUCUGACCGAAGCGAAGUCUCGUUGUAGUUGUAACGGCCAUCCGAACUCUCAUGAGCAUCUCCAGGAUCAAUCACGUAUACCAGAGGCGUCUGGUGGCGGCCGAGGCCUCACAACCAACCAGGCAGUGCAGGUCCUAACCCUCGACCUGGCGCAUCUGGCCAGAAACCACCGCUACCAGGGUACAGGCUACCGCCCGAGUGAGAGAGCCCUCCAACACAACUAG